AUGACCAGUUCACCAAGCGACCGAACGCCGGCGCCCACGGCUUCGUCACCCACCAGGGAGAAGACGGCGUCACCAAAGGCAACGAGCCCAUCGCGGUCAAAAACUGCUUCGCCAAUAGCGCAGAGCUCUCCCGCGGGCGAGGAUUUAGAAGAUGACAUUGAGGUUGACGAAGGACUAAGUGUCAGCGAUGGAGCCUCGCUCAUGGAUGAUCAAAUAUCAUCCUAUACGGCUUCCCUGGCCUCGAGCGCGGUCGAUUAUCCCAUAGAGCAUGGCCGUCGGUAUCAUGCGUUUCGAGCCGGAGCUUACUACGCUCCAAACGAUGAAAGCGAGAUGGAGCGUCUUGACUUCCUGUCGACCUUGAUCUUCAAAGUCAUUGGCAAGUCAUACUUGGCCCCGAUUGAGCAGGAUAAGACUCAUCGGAUCUUGGACAUCGGAACUGGAACUGGCAUUUGGGCUAUCGAAAUGGGAGAUUUAUUCCCUAACGCAGAGAUUAUCGGCAAUGACUUGAGCGCAAACCAGCCGACUUGGGUUCCGUCAAACGUCAAAUUUGAGGUUGAUGAUGUCGAAAGUCCCUGGCUACAUUCAACCAAAUUUGACUACAUCUUUUGCCGGUUAAUGGCCGGUGCUAUCGGAGACUGGCCUCGAUUGGUCAAGAAUAUUUACGAUAAUACUUCCCCCGGAGGCUGGGUCGAAUUCCAAGAUCUCGAUCUCCUGUACCGCUCCGAUGAUGGCUCCAUCACUGACGAACACGAUUGUAUGAAAAUGAACAAGACAUUUAUCAGCACCUGCAAACAAAUUGGCCGCGAGCCCUGCCCUGGUCCUCUUUUCAAGGACUGGGUCACAGAGGCCGGCUUUAUCAACGUCUCUCAUCAGCGGUACAAACUGCCUCUUGGGCCUUGGCCCAAGGAUCCUCAUUUGAAAGAUGUCGGCCUUUGCAAUCUUAUCUGCGUGCUGGACGGCUUGGAAGCUUUCAAUUUGAGACUGCUGACUGGAGUACUCGGGUGGACGAAGGAGGAGGUAAUGGUGAUGCUAGCAGCUUGUCGAAACGAGUUGAAGACGGGCGCCUUCCAUGCUCGGAUGGAAUUGUGA